AUGUUCUCAUUCCAGGCAGACUGUGGAUCGGGCAAGCUUGGAGGUCGCCUUUACUUGGUAGAUACACUAGCAGGAGAUCCAGAGGUUCUGCAAGUGGAUGCUGAAACAUACUAUGAAAAACUCUUGAAGAAGUCAUCAUCCACUCCUGAUGUUUUUUCGAUCCCUGGAGAAGAAGAGGUUAAACUUGAAGAUUCCUCUGUGUGUUUUGUCCCUCUCUACCGAAAUAAUCCUACUUGCAAAAUGUUGCUGUUAACUGAUCCAAAGGAUAAAGAGACAGUUUUGGCAGUUUAUUUGAACCGGUGUUGGUGGCCCAUUGAAGAUGUACUGAAGACAGCUGAUCCUUCUAGAGAUGGGCUAAUUUCGGUCCGGACAUUUGGAGAAAGGAUUGUCCUCUUUGUUCUGAACUACAUUAUUUUUGGAAUGCUGGAAAGGAGUUCAGCUAAUGAUGCGUUCUUUCUACCUCACUCUGCGACCGAGUGUGCCAAGAUACUCUGGAAAAAUGGCGAGGCUGUUGCCUUUUACUCGGUCAAGAUGAAAGGGAGCCUAUGUGAUGGUACAACCAGUCAAUGUUACUUGCUGCCAGUUUUGGAUACUAUAUUUGUCCAGAGAAAGUACAGAAGAAGUGGCCUAGGGAUGAAAAUGCUGCAUGAUUUCUGUCAGUCUUUCAUGGCUGAGGAUGCCUUGGGGAUCAGCUGCCCUAUUUCUGCUGCGAUGUAUCAAGUUUGCCAGAAAUUCUUGCAGACUUAUCCCGAGGAGCAGAAGCGACUGUGGGAGGUGGAAGCACCAGGAGAUUGGAGCCAGCGAGUGAAUAUCUGGUUAAAAAUUCAGAUGGAGUUAUCCCCUUCAGGAAAGACUGAAGUAGGCUCAAACAUGGAGAAUGCGCAAACGAGUAAACCCAGACAAUCAGAUGUGGAUCAGAUGAAUAAGGGCGUUGAAUACAUUCCUGACAUUGGGAAAGUGGCAGGAGAUUCCACAGAAAAAAAAGAUGACACAGCAGCAGCAGGGACUCUAAACUCACAGGGUCCUGAACAAGAGGACUUGGAACAAGGUGCAGGCAAUACUCAGCAAUGCAAAGGAUUCAGAAAAAGAGCAGGCCCUGGGGGCUUAGUUGGAGACAAGGCGACCAAAAAAUUUAGAAUUAUACCAUAA